GACUGAAAGGCGCCACACACCCUGAAAACAUGGUGCCGGACUCCCCAGACACGACCAGUGGCGGAGAAUCCUCGGCCGACUUUGUGACCGAGGACACCCUCCAUGAUAUUAAGGCAGAACUGGCCAGGAUUGGAAGUAGUAUGCUUACCAGGGCAGACCCCAGUGACCUGGUCCGUGAGAUCCGGGAGGCGAUCCAGGAAGACCUAAUGGGCUUCUGCACUGACCUCACAGCUCUGGAGACCCCCCUCGUGAAUGCGGUGGAGGCGGAAGCAAAACUGAGCUGCCAGCAACACCGUGCAGCCGAAACAGCUGCUACCGGGCAGGGAAAUUUGCUGCUCUCGCUGAGACGCUAA